UCCUAAAAAAAGAUUUGUCCUUCGCCGGCUGCUGUACUGGAUACCAUUUCCCUGUCUACCUCCUACACCCGGAUUUUUUCCCUUUAACUUUAUCAAGUUUCUGUCUGUAAAACACAGUGCCUUUGUGUAGUUUUGGUUUUUGGGUUUUAUUUCGCACAUGUAGCCAGCACGAUGUUCACCACCACCGGGUCCAGGGGACUGUAUAAAGCUCCACUGUCGAAGAGUCUGCUGCUGCUUUCCACUGCCUUCACCGCAUUGGUGCUAGUAGUUCUGCCUCAGUACCAGAAGCUGUUUGUUUACAGCCUGCAGUCAAUCAAGCACCACAGACAGUUGUGGAGGCUGCUGUGUGGAAGGUUGAUCUGUCUGGAUGUAAAGGACACGUUCUGCAGCAGUCUGCUCAUCUACAACUUCCGCAUAUUCGAGAGGAGGUUCGGCAGUCGCAAAUUCGCUUCUUUCCUGUUUGGAACCUGGGUUCUGUCUGGAUUUCUGGACAUCCUGUUGGCUGAGGCCAUUCACUUCCUGUUUGAGCUCCAGGUAGACGUGCUGCCAGCCGGACUGCUGGGUCCAGUAUUUGCCCUCUUCGUGCCUUUCUACUGCUCCAUCCCUCGAGUGCAGGUCACCCAGUUACUGCGAUACGCCUCGAUCAGCAACAAGACUCUCGUGUACAUCGUGGGUCUGCAGUUGCUGACCUCUAGCGCUAGCAUGUGGGUUGUGUCUUUUAGCGGAUUGGUCUCAGGCAUGCUGUACUACAGUAACAUGGUGGCUCUCCAGCGGAUCCUGUAUGUUCCGCAGUGGCUGGCACGCUGCACUUCUCAGCUCUUGGAGCCUGUGUUUUUAGGCACAGAGCCGCGUGCUGACGCUCCAGUGGGGAUGGGAGCCACAUUGGAUAUCCAGCGACAGCAGCGAAUGGACAUGCUGGACCAACAGCUGCUGCUCUCACAGCUGGCCCAGCUCCGAAGAAACACCCAGCAGCCACCACCACAGCAGCAGGGCGGACUCUUCAACCGAUUCUUUCCGGGUUUGCGACACAGAGGCCAGAACGUGACUCACAUGCAGCCACACUCAGCAGACACACCAGUGGUUGAGGAACAGGUGGCGAGGCUGAUGGAAAUGGGUUUCUCCAGAGUGGAUGCUCAGGAAGCUCUCAGAGCAUCCAACAACGACAUCAACAUGGCCACCAAUUUCCUGCUCCAGCACUGAGGCUUAGCAUCAGAGGGCGGAGAAGACGGAAACUCAGCUGCAGCGACUGCAAAACACGACGCACAGACAUCAUGUUGGAAGACUGGAAAAGUAAAGUACUCUCAGGAGCUUUGGGUGUCGCUUCCUGUCACACUGCUCUGUAACUGGGUAAUGAAGAGCUGCUGGAUUUGCUGCUACUGCUUCCUGCCGGUGGAGAAUUGUGCAGUGUUAUCUCAGGGCUCGUGUUUCCUGGCUUCGUCAUCCCUCUACAACCUCCAGCACUGCACAUUCAUAUUAAUAAGUCCACGUAGUGGCCAUGAUGUAAACGCAAUGUGAUGGAAGAGUCUUGAAAGGAAAAGACCUGAAAGACUCAUAUUUAGACAUAGUUUUGGACUGAUGUGGUGUUUGAAGAAUUUUACAUUCAUGAAACUUUACAUCUGAAGGAAUAAUCUAGCAAAAAAAAUGAUUUGCACAAUUUUUGUUCGCUAUAUUUCUUAGUUUUGGGCAGGGGGCUAAAUAUAGAUAAGAUAUAAUAUGGAUUUCAACAUCACCUGACAUCCAAUUCAGAGAUACAAUGACUUCAAGUUUUCUACCCUCAAAAAAAAUAGGGUACUACAUCUUACCAUUCCUGGUCUCUAGAGUAGUGCCAUCAACCAUAAAAAAUUUUCUGAGAGAAGAAAAUGUGUAGUUUGGUAUCUGUAUAAAAGGGGAAAAAACCUCCAUGUUGUAUAAUUAAAAGGCGUACGUUUCUAUCA